AUGCUUAUUUUCGGUCUGAUCCUGCUGUUUUUCGUCCUGGUAGACGCCGGUCAUCCUCUCUGGGAAUCUUCGACUAAGAUUAAGCGAGCCAUUCCACUUGAUCUCAGCUUGGAUUUCACCACAACCUGGCCUGGUGGUGUUGUUCCAUUCUGCUGGGAAAAUGAUGCUACGCGACUUGAAUUUAUUCGUGAUUUACACCACGCUAUGAACUUGUGGUAUACGGCUGGGCUGCCUGAACCGCGGUUUAGAUUCUAUGAGGUCUCCUACGAGGACUGUAUGAGAGACCGCCGCAAUUCGCUAGUUAUUCACAAGGCCGAUGGACCUCUCGAAUUUGCAACAACUGUUGGCAAAUAUACUGGUCCUCCUAGUGAUCUUCUUCCAGGGUCUGUUGCUUAUUUCAACAGUGAAACGGAAAUUCCAUCUGGAAGGGUUGCAAGAAAUACUAUUGCAGAGAAAAUCGCUCAUGAAAUCGGACAUAUCUUUGGCUUAUAUCAUGAGCAUCAAGAUCCUUAUUUCUGGCGUCCUCCCUCUCCUGUAUUUGAGAUAGUCUGCCCGAGUAUCGAGGGAUUUGAGCAGGCAACCGAACAUUUAGAUAUUGUCGAAAUUUACGGUCCUGAUGGGAUAUGUGUUAAUCAACACACGGCCCUAUAUCGCGGUUGGAACAAUGUUGCUCAUUUCCUUCCAAUUCUUGAGCUUGCCCAUCUGGCUCGUCCUCCUCCUCCUCAUGUGCCGGAAAACUCCGAUGUGGAUUGGGAUUCAAUUAUGCUUUACCCGAGCACUACGGCUCUUAACCAGAAUCGUGGUGGUUUUACUUUACGCAAAGCGAAAAAUGGUCGAGCUUACAGAAUUCCGAUCAAGCGUGCUCCUAGUACAAUGGAUGUUCAAGGGUUAAUUUAUCUCUAUUUCGCUGCAGAGCAGCGACAACUUCCACGCCUCUAUCAUGACCCGCGCAGCGAAUAUUAUACCGCUUUCCAGAAUCUGCAGAAUUUCCAGGUAUGCGAUUGGCCCCCGACUGGGCCUCGUGGUGGUUGA